AUGUCUUCUCUGCAGACGUUUAUGCUGGUGGUCGACCACGACAAGGACGAGGCCAAGCGCAUUGCUGAGUCCGUCGCUCAAGAUGUCGAAAGCAAGAAGACAACGUUGAUCGAGGUGGUUCAGUCCCUGGUUGAAUACGUUAAUGACGAAGACCCAAUCCUGCGUGGCAAAGCGGUGUCCUAUCUCGCUGCGGUCAUCAGAGUCCUCUCACCGAAGUACCUUACGAGGCAACAAAUCCAGGUCCUGACCACCUUCUUUUGUGAUCGCAUUGAGGAUGGAGGAGCCGUGGCUGGGCUGGACACCCUGCAGGGUCUGGAUCGGUUCAAUAAGGAGUUGGCUGUGGAGGACUUGCAGUCUCGGUCCCAGUCGCAGCGGUUCCAGGUCUAUCAAUUGAUGAACGAGAUCAUGUCCAGGCAUCGGGCAGCACUGCAAGAAAUGGGUGAUACUUCGCUUGUGGGAGUCGUGGAUCUCAUGACUGGAGAGAAAGACCCCCGCAACUUGAUGAUCGUGUUCUCCAUCCUCAAAGUGGUCAUGGUGGAGUGGGAUAUCUCGAACCAUGUUGAGCUCCUCUUUGACGCGGUGUAUAAUUACUUCCCGAUUACAUUCCGACCUCCUCCAAACGAUCCCUACGGUAUCACCGCGCAGGAUUUGAAGGGCCGUCUCCAGGACUGCAUUUCCUCGACCCGAUACUUCGCACCACAUGCCAUUCCGGCGUUGUUGGAUAAGCUUGAUUCCACUUCGCCCAAUGUCAAGAAAGAUGCUCUCAACACAUUGAUCGCCUGUAUCCAUUCAUACGAUCCUGACACGGUGUCACGGUAUUCAAUCACUAUUUGGGAGGUGCUCAAGUUUGAAAUCCUUAAUGCUCAAGAAGAGUUCUUGUCGGAGUAUUCACUGGAGGCCUUGAAGGGUAUUGCGCAGCGACUUUCCGGGGGGUCACAGAGGUUUCCCAGGACCUGCCUCUGGCGCAGUAUCUUCGACCUAUUACGAAGGAAUGCAAUGAGCAAUUGCAAGAACCCCAGCAUAAACAGGCGAAACCUGCCCAACAGAUUUUGGGUUCAGUGUCGGCUGCGUCUGCCUUUGCAUUUUCUCUCGUCGUUCAGGCUGUCGUUGCUCCGAUCUUUACGAUUUAUCAAGAGGCUGAUGGUAUUGCAAAACAAAGAGCUCUUCUUGAAACACUAUCUGUCUUGUUUGAGUCUGCCACCAAGAUCGCAGGGGGAAAUUGCCCUGGAAAACCCACUGCUGGAGUUCAAAGAUCAAUUUUCAGAUGUUUUGGGCCAGGCAUUGAUGGGAUCGGCAAAGGAAGAAAUCUCUUUCCGAGUCACGGCACUGAAAGGGUUCCUGCGUCUAUCGACAUUGCGCGAUUUCUUCCAGGAUAAUGAGAUCGGACUGUUCGUACAGUAUCUAGAUGAGAUUCUCCUGAAAGAAGAGUCUGUCGGCCGCGAUGAUUUGAAAAGGGAAGCAAUUGCGGCUCUUGCCGAGAUCUCAAAGCACAAGCCCCGGCUCAUAAUGGACAUUACGUUCCCUGCCUUCGUGGCAACUCUUCCGGACCAAGACGAAGGAUCCGAUUCUGCAUACCUGCCGACUCUUGAAACUCUGGCCCAGAUCAGCGUGGAAAGAGACAUCUUUGAGACACUCUUCCGUCGAUUGUUCAGCAAGCUGACAAUUCUACUCCAGAAGGAGCAGCCUGGUUCUGUGGCAUAUCCACGGGCUAUCCUGGUGACGCUACUCUAUGUCAUGCAGCAAAGAAAGAUGGACCAAGAUCCAAGUCUUGACCUCUACUACGACAAGGUCGUUGUUGGCCUCUGCCGUAAUGCCGCAGCAGCAGCGAGUGGGAAUGCCAAGAAUCGAAUUCUCAAUGAUGCCGGUGUCCUGGAUAUGUUAGGACGACUGUGCAAUCUCCUUGUGCGAUCGAUUUCAGUCCAGAAACAGGAGCAAGUCGCCGAUAAUGUGUACAGCCUCUUCUCCUCGUCAGAAGAGUUUACUCCUCUUCCACUCACUGAAACGACUACCGCAGAUCAGGAACGUACAAUCAUCAUCUCGACUUUCCUUCUAGCUGGCUUGUCCGCAGACUGCAGCAAGCGCAUUCCACAUACUUCGCCAGACAUGAAAGCCCUCUUGUCAGAUGUGGUGCGCCGCUCUAUUUCCGACACUACAGAGUCGGCCACCCACCUCGCCUUCCUCCGACACCUGGCCCUACUUACCAAUAAGUUCCUGUCGAAGCAAGAUCUUAACAUUGCAGAGACGCUCUUCGACGCUCUGCUUCCCACACAGCAAGCUCUAAGCCCCUCAACCAUUCGCACGAUCUUCUGGCUGUCUAAAGCCCUCGUCCUUCGUCUUGCACCAUCUACGACCCACAUCCUGACCUCACUUCUCUCUCUCCUCUCCUCGCCUGAUCAACAAACUAGCACGAUUGCAGCCCGCAGCUUCGCUAUUAUCCUCGGCGACGACGAAGUAAUCUCGGCGACCAACGGCGCAUCCAUCCGCCUACUAGCCAAACAGCGCGUCUUCGCAACCGUGGUGCCUCUAAUCUCAUCCCGUAUCCGUGAAGUAAACGUCGCCGGCACCAAUACCGACACGGCAUCUGAAGCAGCCCACAUCAAAUCGGCUCAUCUAACCGCUCUCGCUGGUAUUCUUUCCACCAUCCCAGCUUCCCUGGUCAUGCCCGAGCUUCCUACUCUCCUCCCACUGCUCCUCCAGACCCUCGAUCUCCAAUCUGCAGACUCCACCGCCGUCCGAGCAGCCACUUUGGACACCCUCGCUGUCAUCAUCCGCGACAAUGGCGUAGGCGUGAUAGACGAGUGCGGACACGUGAAGAGUCUCGUUACGAGGCUUCUGAAAACCACUACGCGCCCUGAAACCGGCACAGCAGGGUUCGUCAACAGCCCACGUCUCCGCGUCGAGGCCCUGAAAUGCCUCUUCCUUCUUGCCUCACAGCAGCCUAGCACCGCCUCUGUUUCGCCGCUUCUGCAGGUGAAGAGUGAGGUGCUGCGCUCUCUGCGUCGUGUGUUGGAUGAUCCGAAACGGGAUGUGCGAAAGGCUGCCGUUGAUGCUCGCGGUGCUUGGCUACGCGGCGUGGACGAUGCGUCCGAGGAUGAGGAUUAA